AUGAAGCUUAAUAAGGCUUUUUCAGACGCCAUUGCAAACCAGAGUCGUAUGGAUAAUCGUGCCAAACAACUUAAUGAGCAGCUUAAAUUGCAGGAAUUUUGCCAAGAAAUAGAUGAUGUUGAAGAAUGGAUGGCAGAAAAGGCAAUCGUCGCCGCUGAAGAGCCCGCUCGUCAAAUGCAUAACAUCGCUGCUGUCUAUAGCCGAUUUAAGGCUUUUGAAGGAGAAUUAGAAGCAAACAAAGACAAAAUCAUGCGCGAAGGAGAGGAACUGGUAGACCACCGUCCUACAUUGAGUGAGGUCGUGGUACCUCGUCUCCUCUCCUUACGCAAGCAAUGGGAUGAAUUAAAUACGACUUCCGUGGAAAAGAGCGCAAAAAUGGCGGAUGCAAACAGAGGUGGGUGUAUCGCUUCGCAUUAUUACAUUUCGUUAGGUAUUUUAUAUGCGUAUUUUUUUAGUCAUUCAUUAUGCUGA